AAUUAGUUUGUGGUUGCGCGGAAGUUACAAAAGCAGAAACUCCCAAACAGAUGAGAGAAGGAAACGGGAGCGAACAACGGUGUCGUGAGUGGGAGUGAGGGGGGCACUCGUUGUAUGUAGUGGUCCAGAGGGUCGAUGAGAGAAUUAGUGUAGAACCGAUUUGAUGCAAUCCACCAUGUAUCGAUAUCCUGGCGCCAGGUUCCAGGAGGAGAGACGAGUUACUGACUCGGAGAAGAGCCGCUGCGCAGCGGUUUUCCGAGAAUGCGAUUCAGGACAGAAGGGCUUUCUGACCAGGGAGGACCUUAAGGUUGCUGUGGUGAUGAUGUUUGGAUACAAACCUUCAAAGGUGGAGACAGACAUACUGCUGGCUUCAGUGCGUGAGAAACAAUUACCAGGCUUAUCCCUGGACCAAUUCACAAACCUCAUGUGCAGAAAGCUGGCAGCUCUGGACGGCUAUGAAGAGGCGAGGCAGAUCUUCUCAGCGUUUGAUGUACACUGUCGAAAUUUUCUGACAGUGGAGGAUUUUAAGAGAGCGUUUGCAAAAGUCACCCCCCAUCUGCCUGACCAAACGGUGCUUGAAGCCUUCAGGGAAGUGGACCGGGAUUCGGAUGGUCAUGUCAGCUUCAGGGAUUUUGAGGCUGUGAUGGACCACCAGUAGGAAACUAAUAAAGCCUGUGUGACAAGAAGGACUUCAUCCCUCAGUGGUGUCUGUAAUUCAUAUUCCAUGACUUUGUGCGGUUGAUUUCCCCAUCUGCUGUUUCCUGGAGGGAUACCACUUACAGCCAGCCUGUCUGAGGAAAUCGCAGCUAUGUAGCGCAAAUUGAGUACUGUCAGCAUGUGGUCUAUAGACCACCAAUCCAUAAGGCACAGGAGCAGAUUUAAGCAUUUCAGCCCAUCAAGCCUGCUCUGCCGUUCAAUCAUUUCCCUUUCAAUCCCACUCUCCUGCCUCCUCCCCAUAACUUUGACACCCUUACUAAUCAAGAACCUAUCAACCUCCAUUUGACUCCACAACCUGUGGCAAUGAAUUCUGCAGAUUCACCACCCUCUGGCUAAAGAAAUUCCUCCUCAUCUCUGUUCUAUAGGGUUGUCUUUGUAUUCUGAGGCGGUACCCUCUGGUCCUCGACUGUCCAGCUCUUGACAACAUCCUAUCCAUGUACUGUACACAAUAUCCAGACCUUUCAAUAUCCAGUGUAGGCUUCAAUGAGAUCCCACUCAUUUGUAUCCCUGAAGGUUCUCCAAUCUAACGUAAUAUCACCUUAUUUAUUGCUUCUACAUUUAUUUAUAUUUUUUCAUGUUUUCUCUUUCUACUGCAUUCUAUUAAGGGUUGGUGGAGGCUUUCCCUGUUAACUCCACACUUGAUGAUGGUUGCACUCCUCUGCAAGUGCUGCUACCUGACAGAUUAAAGAACAGUUAUACGGAUGCAGAAUUGGUUCCUGUAACUGAUGCGUCAUCCUUUGUCUCGGAAGACAGCCCUCCCUUCAGCCCAGUAUAUUCACCACAUCACGGCCAAGUUAGGCUGCUUCUCUCUCUGACAACCUGCCCUUCCUGACAAUCUUUACAUUGCCCUGGGCCAUGUUCCCCCCCACACCCCACACACCCAGCCUCGGUCUUGGGUCUGAUUUCCUGCUGAUGGCCUCUUCCACCUUACGGAUACAUGAAACCAGGAGAGUCAAUGGCCAGACCAGGAGAAUAUUCAGUGACUUGGCCAGUGUUAUCGAAGCCAGUUACCUGGUGUCUAUCCCACUGGUGUUUGUGGGAUCUUGCUAUGCUGAAAGAACUAUAUUAAUCAGAAUCAGCAUUAGUAGCCCUGAAAUAUGUGGUGAAAUUUAUUGUGUUGUGGCAGCAGAACAGUGUGAUACAUGAAAUCACUACAAGUUACAAACAUAAAUAAUUAAAUACAUACAUAUAUAGUGCACAGCAGUGCCUACUCUUGUAAAUUACCUCAUUGGCUCUAUGGAGGACCUGUACAGUUGUUUUCAAAAUUUUUCUCUCUUCUCUCUCCUCUCUUUCUUCUCUCCAUAAGGCCAUAAGACAUAGGAGCAGAAUUAGGCCAUUCAGCCCAUCGAGUCUGCUCCACCAUUCAAUCAUGGCUGAUCCCGGAUCCCACUCAACCCCAUAUACCCGCCUUCUCGCCAUAUACUUUGAUGCCCUGACUGAUCAGGAAAUCUCCCCUCCUCCCACUUCCUCCCUCCUCCAUUUGAAAACAGUAACACUUUGUUCUAUAUCUCCUCAUACCUCUCUCUGUGGCCGGCUCUCUCCCAGUCCUUAGUUUCCCUGUCGCUUACUGACUAUUCUUUCCAAAUGGACAGAUCCCUCUCCUUCCCUCUCUCUCACUUACCAUGGGAUUGAUAGUCUGGAGGAUGGACCUCAUGUGCACUCCACACUCAGGAACCUUAACCCACUGCGUCCCUCGAUAUUUUCUCCCCUGACAUUGCACAUUGGUACUACCUAACAUUGCCCAUGAUACUACCCUAGUAAUUCAUUUCCGUGACAACCCAGGCAAUGGAGAGACUGCACUCCAUCCAGAUUUAACAGUGCUUUUUUCAGCUGUCAGCAACACCAAGUUACUUGAUUUCAUUUAUUCUUGGUGAACUUCAAAGGGAUUGGAAUGGAUACAGUGAACAGAUUUUGUCAGUCAUCCUGUGGCUGCCAGACAGAGAGACUGGCUGUGAAUUUGGUCAGUAACUCUGAUCUCCAUAUGAAAGCCUUGGAUCCUAUUGGUCUUAAUGCUACUUUUCCUUUCCUCGUGGCAUUUUUUAAUUAUUUGUUUUUUGUUUGAAAACCAUUUACAUUCAUGUGUGGGUGUACUUUUACAGAUCAUUUCCUUUUUUUAACUCCUUCUGCUUUGGCCAUAAGACAUAGGAGCAGAAUGAGGCCAUUUGUACCAUCAAGUCUGCCUUGCCAAUCGAUCAGGGUUGACGUAUCCCUGCCAUCCAGGCCAUGCUCUCUUCUCGCUGCUACCAUCAGGAAGGAGGUACAAGAGUCUCAGGUCCCACACCACCAGGUUCAGGAACAGUUAUUACCCCACAACCAUCAGGCUCCUGUACCAGCGAGGAUAACUUCACUCACUAUAACUCUGGUCUGAUUCCACAACCUACAGACUCAUUUUCAAGGACUCUACAACUCAUGUUCUCGGUGUCAUAUUUUUCCAUGUGCACAAUUUGUCUUCUUUUGCACAUUGGUUGUCUCUCAGUCUUUACUCAUAUAUAGCUUUUCAGAAAUACUGUUAUAUUUCUUUAUUUUCCUGCAAAUGCCUGCAAAAAGACCUAGAUAGUGUGCAUAUGGAGAAGAUAUUUCCUGUGGUCGAGGAUACUGGCCCAGAGGGCACAGCCACAGAAUAGAACCAUGAGGGGAUGAGGAGGAAGUUCUUUAUCCAGAAGGUGGUAAAUCUGUGGAAUUCAUUGCCAUAGGUGGCUGUGGUGGCCAAGUUAUUGGGUAUAGUUAAAGCAGAGAUUGAUAGGGUUCUUGCUUAGUAAUGGCAUCAAAGGUUAUAGGCAGAAGGCAGGUGGUUGAGAGGGAUAAUAAAUCAUCCAUGGUGGAAUAGCAGAGCAGACUUAGUGGGCCAAAUAGUCUAAUUUUGUCUCUACGUCUUAUUGUCUUAAAUGAAUGUUAAGGUAGUGUGUAGUGACAUUGGGUAUACAUUAUGUACUUUGAUAAUAAAUUUAUUUUGAAUUGACUUGGAUUUAUUUUCCCUCUCAGUUCUCUUCUCCAUGUCCAUGCUGUCUUGCUCUUUCAAUAUUUGAUAGGUUUCAAUGAGACCCCAGCUCGUUCUUCCAAACUCCAAUGAGUACAGGCCAGAGCCAGCAAAUGCAUCUUAUGCAUUAACCCUUUUAUUCCUGGGUUAAUUUUCAUGAAUCUCCUCUUGAAUACCAACACAUCCUUUCUUAGAUAUGGGGCCCAAAGGGGCCCUUUGGCUCCAGGUCAUCUCUCACACACACUGUUAGCCUGGCAGCCUGCUCCCACACACCAUGUUUAACUGCCAAUGGUGGCAUCCCAGGAGUCAGCCUUGGAGCUGUCAACAUCAGGGAAAAGUUUGACGGUGAGUCAUGUAAUGAAAAAUACGGGAGUUGCACAGCUAUGAACUCAUGUUCUGGGCUCCACCACUGUCAAAGGAACCUCAGGUGCUGACGGAGGUCAAAUUAAUAAAGUAAAGUCACCAAGGAUCCGGUCUUGGACUCUUCAGACAUCCCGAUGGUUCGGUCACUGGCUCACCCAUCCCAUUCCCCGAGACCCCAAUUCCUGUGUUCCCCUCAAACUCGCUUGGCUCACCAGAAAAUAUCAUUAUAAUUCCAAUAGCAUCUUAAAAAAUGUGAAUGAAGGUGUAUUGGUGGAUUUUCAAAUAUCAUACAAUAGUUCAGAGUACCUACGACUGGCACCACGGAAAUCCCAUGUGCACUGGAAUAUCAGUCUUACUGCUGAGUCAGGUUUAUUACCUGUUGUUUUAUGGCAGCAGUGCAUUGCAAGAUGUAAAAAUUACUAUAAGCUACAAUAAACACAAAACCAAAGAAACAGAUAUAAAUAGUGGAAAAGAGGAAUGGCAAAGUAGUGUUCAUGAACCUUCCAGACAUCUGAUGGUAAAGAGGAAGAAGCUGUCCUUAAAACAUUGAGUAUGUGUAUUCAGGCCCCUGUACCUCCUCCCUGAUGAUAACAAGGAGAAGAGGCCAUGUCCUGGGUGGUGAGUGUAUACGUAAUGGAUGAUGCCUUCUUCACGCACCACCUUGGGAAGGUUGUGCCUGUGAUGGUCUUAGAUAGAUGAAUGGAGCUCCACCAACACUCAAGAAGCUCAAGGCUAUUCAGGACCCUACCUUACUCUAUCCACCACCCUAAACUUUCAUUCCAUCUACCAAUGCAGCAUAGUGUCUGUCAUCCACAAAAUGCACUGCAUUUACUUGCCAAGGUCACUCCAUCAGUGUCUCCUGGGCCCAUAAACUUCACCAGAAUCAGAAUCGCGUUCUACCAAGGCAGCAUGCACCAUGGAUAUGUAAAACUGCUCGA